GCAGUUCCGCAAGGCCGAGGACCACUUCUCCGUGGCCAUCCAGCACAGCCCCCAGAAGGCCCAGUACUACCUGCACCGGGCCAGGAGCCGGCAGCUGCUGCAGAACGUCUCGGGGGCCCGCCAGGAUGUCGCCACCGCCCUGCUGCUCAACCCCAAGCAGCCGAAGGAGAAGAAACCCAGGCUCACCCCUCCCAGAGUGGCCUCCCUGUCAGAUAGCUACAUCGACCAGACGCCCUCAGGCUCCAGCCUGGGCGGCAGGCCCCGAUGCAGCUCAGAGAUGGAGACGGAGACGUCUGGGAUGUGCCAGGACUACAGGAGUAGCUCAGCCACCGGCGAGACAUUCUCAGACUACUCGGACCACUCGGUGCUGAAGACCCAGUCCUCAGACUCUGGGGACAUGCGGGAGGACCGAGGCCUGAGACUUGGCCCCAGAAGAAGCCAGGCUUCCCGGAGUCAGAGGUGGAGGCCCAGCAAGCCCGAGGCCACCCUGGGACAGAGGUGGAGGCCCAGCAAGCCCGAGGCCACCCCGGGCCAGAGGCGGAGGCUCAGAAAGGCCAAAGCCGCCCACGGCUGGAACAGGAGACCCAGCAAGGCUGAUGCCACCCCAGGCCGGAGCCAGGGACUGAUCCGCAGUUCCAGCAAGACCAAGGAUUUCCAGGACCCGAGCUGGAGCCCCAGCAAGGCUGCGGACACCCGGGGCCGGAGGCCCAGCAAGGCCGCCGCCCAGAGCAGCAUGAGCUUGAGUUCCAGCAAGGUGGAGUCGGCCUGGGGCCCAAGCCCAAGGCACAGCAAAACCAAGACCCCCACGAGCCUGGGCCCCAGCCACACUGUGCUCUGCAGGGCGGCUGAGCCCUCCGCCUCUGCGCAGAGGGGCAUGGCUGCACGCGCACACGGCUCCCAGCUCCUUCCAGAGCCAUUAGAAACCUCAGCCAGCAUCCUUUCGGUCCACGGCUUAUUACCCUUGCUCUCUUCGAUUACAAAAUUCAAAACUUCGAAAACCAGGCCCAGGUGGCCACUCGAGUCCCUCCGUUCGUGAACACGGCGUGGCCCCU